AUGGCAAACUCCUCCACAAGUUUUAUUAACCUUUUAGCGAGCCAAGGGGUUAUUGACCUUGACUCAUCGGAACCUCCGUUCGUUAGCAGCGAAGGGGUAGCCAGCCAAUGUUCCGAUGAGGCUACGGUCAAAGAGAGGAGAAAAUGGACACCAAAGGAGGAUAUAAUCCUCAUUGGUGCUUGGCUCAACACGAGCAAAGACCCAAUAGUUAGUAACGAACAGAAAGGCCUUGCGUUCUGGAAGAGGAUACUAGACAACUACAACUCCAGCCCUUUACUGGUUGGUACAAUCCCCCGCGAACUUGGGCAAGUGAAGCAACGAUGGGCCAGGAUCAACGAUGUGGUGUGUAAGUUUUGUGGUAGCUACGAGAUGGCACAGAGGGAGCAGAGAAGCGGGCAAAAUGACAACGAUGUGAUGAAGGCUGCAUUGGAGAUCUUCUUCAAUGACAAGGGCUUUAAGUUCAACUUGGAACAUGCCUGGAGAGAGCUUAGGCAUGAUGUCAAAUGGUGCUCCACCUCUCUCGGGAAGGACAAUGGGAAAGACAAGCGCAAAGGUGCUUCAGAUGCGGGAGGGUCAGUGACAGAGCCACAAGAGAGACCCAUAGGAGUGAAGGCAGCUAAGGCUGCUGCAUCACUUGGUCGUUUUCUUAUAGCAUCACGUUAA